AUGGAUUACCAAGGUCCCUUCCAAGAGGAAGGCUGCACACUGACCAGCUUUGCCUUGGAGAAAAACAAGAAAACCAAAGGCACCGGUGAGAUGAGUCAACUGCUCACUAGCCUCUGCACUGCGGUCAAAGUCAUCUCCUACGCUGUGCGUAAAGCAGGAAUAGUCCAAUUCUAUGGAAUUGCCGACCCCACAAAUGUGACGGAUGAACAAGUUAAGAAACUGGAUGUCUUCUCCAACGAAGUGAUUAUUAACAUGCUAAGGUCAUCCUUUGCCACGUGUGUCCUUGUGUCAGAAGAAAACGUUCAUGCUAUAAUAAUAGAACCGGAAAAAAGAGGGAAACACGUUGUCUGCUUUGAUCCUCUGGAUGGCGCUUCCAACGUUGACUGCCUAGGGUCCAUUGGCAGUAUUUUUGGCAUCUAUAGAAGGAUGUCAGCGGGUGAGCCUUCUCAGGAUGAUGCUCUGCAGCCUGGUCGGAAUAUGGUGGCCUCUGGUUAUGCUCUCUAUGGCAGUGCCACAGUGAUGGUGAUCGCUAUGGACUGUGGGGUCAAUUGCUUUAUGCUGGAUCCGGAUAUUGGGGAAUUCAUUUUAGUCCGUAAGGAUAUCCAGAUCAGAAAGAGGGGCAAUAUCUACAGUAUCAACGAAGGCUAUACCAGGAACUUUGAGCCUGCUGUUUUAGAGUACCUCCAGGAGAAGAAAUUCCCUCAGGACAACACCGCUCCCUACAUCGCAAGGUAUGUGGGUUCCAUGGUUGCAGAUGUGCAUCGGACCUUGGUGUAUGGAGGAAUCUUUCUGUAUCCUGCCAAUGAAAUGUCCCCCCAAGGAAAACUGAGGCUCCUCUAUGAGUGCAACCCAUUAGCCUUCAUCAUAGAAAGAGCUGGGGGACUGGCUACCACAGGAAAGGAACCAGUACUGGACAUUGUUCCUACUGAAAUCCAUCAGAAAGUACCCCUGAUUUUGGGAUCUCCUGAGGAUGUGAAGGAGUUCUUGAAGAUUUAUAAGAAGCAUGCUGAAAAAUGA